GAUUUUAAGCGAAGAGAGUGUAAACAGUUUUCGUCAAUACUUACAUGAUUUAAUAUUAGCAUUGCGGAGUUAAUUUCAGUGAAAAUGGCAGUUGUAGCGGCGGGGACGGUAGCUGUGGCUGGUGCGGUGACCUACAGGCUGGCCAGACCUUAUUUUAAAUAUACUGUGAAUUGCCAUUUCUGUGACGUUGAUUCGAAGGUCCCUUUUGAGCAGAGAAAUAGUUGGACCUGCUCCAGGUGUGAUCAAUACAACGGAUUUAACGAGGAUGGCGAUUAUAAUAAACCUGUUCAUCACAUACAAUCCAUCUUACAGACGUUUGUAAAGAACAUGAAGGAGAGAAAGGAUGCGGAGAAUGGGUUUUGUAAAUCAUGCAACUUGAAUCAGGAACUGAAGAUCUCCCAGCUGGCUAGUUUUCCUGGAGAAGGAUCUGAACUUGAGGAUUAUAGGUUGCAUUUAGAGAGAGUUUAUAGGUUGUGUGCUGGAUGUGAAGAAGUUCUAACUUCAAAGCUACUGGAGCAGGACAACAAACUAGCUCCUGGGAUCAUUGAGCAUAAACUAGAAACAAGUCGUCUCAGUUCUCUGUACUCUGAAUCUACCAGGAUAUCUCCGAUCCUCAAUUAUCUUUGUGACAGUCAAGUGUUGUUGUCUAUGCUCCUGUUUUUUGUUCUGCUGAACCCUGCUUUAAGCAGAGAAUAUUCAAACUUCCUCCCACUUCAGCUUCAGCAUAGUCUCGGAGCUAUCAGUAGUUCGAUACAAUCAAAUUCAUACUCAAUCCACAGUUUUCUAGUUUACAUCCUUGCGUUAACAUCUCUCAUAUUACUAAGAAUCAAGAUUGUCUCUGUAGUUGGAUUUCUUCCAAUGCUUUGCUUACUCUUGAACCUAAGCCACGAGAUCCAACUUACUAUAGCAUGUUUGUGCGGUUUCCUUAUUACCGUAGUUCCAGUCAAACAACCCAAAUCCAAAAAACCUGUGAGUCGGCGACCUGUAGUUGACACCAUGAGCUGUAGGUUUAUCGAGACAGAAUCCACGACGGACUCCGGAGAAGGGGGAAGUAACACUAGCAUCUCCGAAUUCACACCGAAAACUAAACUGCUGAGUCCAAGUCCUAGUUUCCUUUUCCAGACUGCCUCCAACCUUCUCUCACCAUCUAGGAUGAGUUCCCCUCUUCUCCGCUCCGGAGAUACCAACUCGCUUAACCAUGAGUUUGUGACUGAGAAUGUUAAAGAUUAUGAUAUCUCCAGUUUAACUCUAGGUGAGGAGGAAGCAGUAAGACCGACCUCCGUCCGUUCUUGUCACUUCUCUCCUCGACUCUAUACUCCGGAGAACAGGAGUGGGAUUAGGUUUGCACCGUCUCGCCCUGUCCUCCGCCCCUCCAGGUUGACUAGCUGGGUCGCUGGCGGAUAUUGGACUCCGCCCACAACACAAGUAUUUGGAGAACCUAUCUCUAGAUCAUCAAGUCAAUCCUCGGGAUUUGUUUCUGCCUCGGUUGCUCCCUCAGUUCAUAAUUUCUCCCUGAUAUCUCCUCCCCAGAACUACGUAUCCCUACCCAACUCUCCUGUUCAAUCUAUCUACGGAGACUGUGACAGAUUUUCCGUGUUUUCUGAACCCAUGCGGAGAGUUGAACCCACCAACAUGACUCAGCUUAGACCGGAGAAAUUCAUCACCCGUCGCCGUUCUACUUUGGAUGAUGAUUUAUCAGACAGGAGCGUGGAUCGGAGCUCCCAGGUUCGGUUCAACACGAGUAAACCCGUGGCUCAAUCAUCUCCCAUCCUACAGGAUAAAAUCCCGAGUUCAACUCCGGACAAAGAAAAAUCUCCGUUGGAUCAAUGGAGUUUAACAAUAACAAUCACACCCUUGGGUAUUCUACUCGGAGCAAGUUUAGCAGUUAACUUGGCCGUGCUGUACAUCUAUGUUCUUACUUAAUUUCAUCCUGUACUCAUUCCUGUACCUCUACAUUCAGAAUAGAAGUCUCGUAGUUUCGAGCUUGAUCUAAAUAUUUAUAUAUUUAUUUUUGUUAAACAUGUUGUAUCAUUUAAUGAUUUUUUGAUGUUUAAAUCUAUGUUGAAUGUUGUCUGAAAAAAAUCCUAUUAAUUUAAAAUAAAUAUAUAUUUUUUUC